UGGCUCCAGAGCUUCGAAAAAGCGUGACCGCUGGGCUGUUCCCGCCGAAAAGUGGCGCGACCCGCACGUGCAGAGAUGGAGCUGCUUGACAAGUUGGCCAUCUAUGUGAUCAUCAUCACUCCGCUGAUCAUGCUCUCGAAGCCGGUUCUGCCGAAGGUCACUUGGGGCUAUGACUUUCUGCCACAGAUGGCUUGUCAUAUGUGGUCUUUCCUGAUACCAUGCAUCAUUCUCUUGCAUUCGGGAGAUGGCAGUGGCGUGGACACAGGAAUGGCAAUCCUGUCGUUCGCCUGUUCCAUGCUCAUCGUAGCGAACCUGGCGACCGUGGGCUUCUCUCUAACCCUUUCAGCGCCUGUCGUGACACUUGGAUGGGAGCUGGUGUACUUGAUGGAGCGUUUCGGCCCAAAGUAAAGUCCUUUGGAAUUCCAGCGGAGUUCGCAGACAUGGCAAAGGGCUGAUGUGAGCAGAGUUAAGGGUAGCUGUAGCUGGCUAUGUUCUUCAAGGCUGAAGCAUGCUCUGUACGGAGAUUGAGCAAGUGUUCAAUUCUUACUAAAUUCAUUGUUGGUAUAUUUGUA